GCCUGCCAGGGAUGCAACUACGCCUCCAAUAGAAGUUAAUAAAUUCAUUAUUAACCUUUAUGAUUGAGGUUUAUCUGGCUGCGAAUAGGAACAGCGUGGUGAGGCAAUUACAGGAAGCGAUCCCAGCCUCAACUGUGAGCAACCGUUUGUUGGCUGCCCGGAGCUGACACUGCCAUUUGGCGCAUGGUGUGGGACACUAGCCCUCGGAAGUGCUUGGGGACUAAAUCAUCUGGAUGUGGUAGAUUUCAAAGCUAUCCACUUCGGGCCCAGACAGCAUGAGAAUAAACCAACGUGCCAGCGGCUCUCAUGAGUGGUAAACAUUGUAUGCUAAUUGGGAAAUGGUACGACCUGUUCCGUCGCUCUGUAUAAUAUAGGAGACAAUUUGAACUCUUCUCAAGUGCUGCAUGCAUCCGUGAUAGGCUGCCUGAUGACUAUAAACCUCUCCCAUAGGGUCGACUGGUGCUGUGAGCAAGACCAGUGAUUCUGGAGGUGUCAGCCUGUUUAGACAACGGUUCAUGCACAAGGUCAAAGAUGACAUCCAUCCUCCUGCUGCUAGUUGUGGUGUUAUCUACCCAUGCCCAGCCAUUACCGGAACUGGACCUUGAUGUGUAUGCCCUCAACAGCACCCAGUACCUUGUUCAGUAUUGCAAUGUCUACUGUGAUGGCACCGAGAAAAAGCAAUACAGUAGGUUAAGUUUCCACGCGAAUCCUUGGUGUCUGGAAUGCCGAUGCGACGACGAGUGUCAGAUAUAUGGAGACUGUUGUCCAGAUGACAAUGGGACAAUUAGUCGUGAUCCGAACCCUCCAACAUGCCUGUUUAGUGAGAAUGACCUUGACAUUCAAUCAAAAGUUGGGUUUGGUGUUUUCAUGGUUACAGAAUGUCCAGAUCGAGCGGUUACUGACCAUAUCUUCUCCCCUGUAACCUCAGUGUCGAGAAAUAUGUCGUUUUUCAACGAGGAAGUUGCUGAAUGUAAUGAUGUUACAGACUAUCAUUCGUGGAUUAUGGAACUGGAUUGCACUUCCGGUUACGGGAGCGGUGACAGCGAAGCAGACGACAUUGGCCUAUCAGAUGGUUUCUAUGACAAUGAAGAAGACUGCAGCAAAGUGUACAGCUCUACCAGAAGCAACAACCCAAGAACAUGUGAUCCUAUGUUGGCAGCGCGAACGCAGAUCAUGGCCUGCAACGUAUCUGGGCUAUGGGAUAACUAUGUAGAGGACAUAGAAACUGCAUGUGGGGUCCAUCAUUACCCUGUUUCCUAUGAAAAUGAAGUAUACCGAAAUGUAUUCUGUGCUGUUUGUAAUGGGAUUACACCUGGUCGGACUGUGAAGUAUGAUCUGGCAGGCUUACGUCCUUUGCCGCCUCCAAUAACUGUCAUCACACAGUUUCUGUAUCCACACAAGGAUACAGAUAGAAAACCUGAAUCUACAGAAUGUGGGGACGACGAAUGGCUGCAUUUCAUAAAGGGCAAGUGUAUUCCGGUGUACUGUUCACCAGGCAAGAACCUUGUUGAUGGAAACUGCGUUUGGGCAGAGGAUGACGCCGUGAAUGACGAAUACGAAUUCAACGUCAUCUUGAAGCCUGAAAACGACAUCGCCAUCGAGGCCAUAGCUCACUGGAAUACCGUACAACAGAUGUUCUUGAAAAACUUCAAAGAAUUCAUGUUUAAAUUUCGAACGUCGAGUUACGUUUUUUCAGUGGGAUUGUUAGAAGACAUGAAUGGCUUGCAGCAAAACCAAGAUGAGGUAGGUUUCCCGAGAGCAGUCAUCAUCAAAUGCAAUUUUAUUGUCACUCAAGAAAUGAACAGAACUGAGCUUGAAACAAAACUCUACAACUUUUCGACAGAAAUGUGGAUAGUGUCGUUUGACGACAACGAUCAUGUGUUCACUCCAAGCUUUAACCAUAUUCCUCUUUCAAAAGUGAAACUAAAAGCCAGAUAUUGGGCUGAUCCCGUAUCAGGCCAUUGCUGUGUUCCUGUGGCGGAUACAUUCAACUUGAAGCAGGCCAGUGGAACUAUCUCAUCACGUGUUAUACAAGUAACAAAUGAACUUUUCUGUCCACACGUAAAGUUGCGAAAGAGUGAAUAUGAAGCAGAGGCGAGUGGCUGGAUUACACUUGAUGGUGCCAAUAUCUCUAUCUCUUCAAGUGAUUUUUCAAUUGAUGACAGGAAGAGGGCAAGGGUAUGUGUUGAAGUACUAAAUGACAUUUACAACGGUUCAUACAAAAAAUGGAAGUAA